UUUUAAAAUCUUGCAAUUAUCAAAUUUUGGCUUUAAUCAGUUCCGUCAUCUUAGAAAUUAUCAACUUUUUUUGACUAAAUUUAAAGAACAGUUGUUGCUCGCUCGUUCGUGCAUUUCUUUUUUGGAUAGUUAUACUAAUAUUUAUCGUUCUUGAAAGAACUUCGAAUCCAAAAAAAGAGAGAAAGAACUUUGAUUCCAAGAACCCGUGAGGAAGUAAUUGACAUCUAAACCGAGUGAAGAGAAGACGACAAAGAAAAAGAUUAGAUCUUGAAGGAAUCUUUUCCCAUUUUGUGUCUAUAAAGAUCCAGAGCUUUCCCUUGUCUUCUUGUCUCACAAGAGAAUCUGAAAAACGUUUUGAGUUAUUGAGAGAGAGAGAGAGAUAGAGAUUGAGAAGAUGUUGGAAGGCAAAGCAAUGGUGGAAGAUUCAGAUAUGCCAGUGAAGAUGCAGAUGCAAGCUAUGGCUUUUGCGUCUCAAGCUCUUGAUCUUUAUGAUGUCUUUGACUGUAAAGCCAUUGCUGGUCACAUCAAGAAGGAGUUUGAUGAGAUAUAUGGGAGUGGAUGGCAGUGUGUGGUGGGAUCAAAUUUUGGGUGUUUCUUCACACAUUCUCAAGGGACUUUUAUCUAUUUUCAAUUGGAGAAACUUAAGUUCCUCAUCUUUAAAGGCGCUUCUACUCCUUAAUUACACAACCCUAAUAUUCAUGGGGAUGUUUAUUUUUUUCCUCCUUUUGUUUCUAUGAAAAUCAAAUUUGUAAGCUCCUAGCUUUGUUUGAAUUCUAAGUCUGUAGAAAUUGAUUCAAUGAUGUGAGAUCUUUUAUUUGUUACAUGUGUUUGCUUUUGUGAUCAAUAAAAGUGUAAUGCACAAGAUUUUUUCUAUA